UUACCAAUUGCAUUGUCAAUUUGCAAUUACCAACCUCAACCUCAAAACCACACCCCUUUACAAAUUCCAUUCAUAUUCAUUCUUCUCUUCUCAACAAUCCUUCUUUCAACCACCAACAACAACUCUCUCUCUCUCUCUCUAACUUCUUUCUCUCUCUAACUCCCAGGCCCAACAACAAGCCCAGAAAAAAAAAAUGGCUCACAAGAUUACUAAAAAAGAAGAAACAGAAUUCAAGGUUCCCGAAACCAUCACACCAUCACCAUGCAUCAACAUUCAAACCGCCGCAACAACCACCGUAACUGCCGCAACAACCACCGUAACUGCCGCAACAACAACCACCUCGAUUUCAGAACCUUCUAGAUUUUUUGAAGAUAAAUCAACAGCCAGAUCCGCCACGUCAUCACGCUCCCCAAAGAGAUCUCACCCUAGCGACGAUGAUACGCAAGUUCAACCUCAAACGACGUCGUCAGAAGCCAAACGCGCCGUUAAUCGCUGCUCCGGUUGUCGAAGGAGAGUUGGUCUUACCGGAUUCCGUUGCCGUUGCGGCGAUCUUUUCUGUUCCGAGCACCGAUACUCCGAUCGCCAUGACUGUUCUUAUGAUUACAAAACCGUCGGAAGGGAAGCAAUCGCUAGAGAAAAUCCUGUUGUCAGAGCGGCGAAGAUCGUUAAGCUCUGAAUCUUUUCACGUUUAAUCGGUUGAAUCUUGAAAAAAUCGAUCGAUCGGAAAAGACGAAACGAUUGUUCCGAUCGUCGUUUUUAUGAAGAAAAUUAUUUCGAUUCCGAUCGCGAUUUGAUUAAUUAUUAAUCGCGUAUCUUUCUCGUAGAUGCGCGUAGAAAAAUUACUUCAGAUUCUGUGUUCGUGUUCGAUGGAGCUAGCUUCAAUCUUUUUUUUAUUAAUAAUUUCUAAAUUUUCUUGUAAUUUUAUUUAGUUUGGUUUGGAAAUUUAUAAAUUAUUAUAUUGAUUACGUGAAAUCGUGAAUGGUUUUGUUUUGUUCUUGUGUUCUUGUUAUCGUGAAAGGGAUCAUGACGAGAAUAGGGGUAUGGAAAGGUAAAUUCGAUUCGGUUGAGAGGGUAUAAUUGUCAAUUUGUGUUGUACUUUGAAUUUGUUGAGUUUUCGAGAAUUGUCGUGAUGAUGAUGAAAAGUUGGAUGGACCAACUUGAUUGGACAUGUGACGAUUAUUUCGAGACA